CUAAAUGUAAAUACGGAAGUGACGUGUUGAGACGUUACACCGCAGAGUGCUGAAACAGGCUUGCUAUUUUUACCUUGAAGUAGUUUACAUUCUAAGACCAAUGUUUAGUGUUAAAAGUUGUCUUGAAGUUUAUUUAUUUUCGGAUUAAACAUAAAAAAGGCUUUAGGCUGUUUAAACUUCUCCAUGGGUUAAAGGCGAUGCUUUCUAAAGAGCUAGUUUUACUGUUAGCUUGGUAGCUUUACGAGUCAUGGAGAGUAAAAAAGAGAAGAUGUUUAAGUUUGUGGUUGUCGGAGGAGGCAUUGCGGGAGUGACAUGCGUGGAGCAGCUAUCAUCUCAGUUUCCAUCAGAGGACGUGGCUCUGAUUACAGCAGGUCCCCACAUAAAGGCAGUGACCAACUAUAAGCAGGUGUCCAGAACACUGGAGGAGUUUGAUGUGGAGGAGAAACCAUCCAGCGUUCUGGAGGAGAAGUUUCCCAACCUGACUGUCAUCCACUCUGCUGUCAAAUCACUCCACACACAUUCACAUUGUGUGGAAACCGCAGACGGUCGAGUGUUUGGGUACAAGAAGCUUUGUAUAUGCAGCGGUGCCCGUCCAAAGCUCCUGAAGCAGGAGAACCCUCAUGUGCUAGGAAUCCGGGACACAGACAGCGCACAGGAGUUCCAAAAGCGCCUAUCCAAAGCAAGGAGAAUCGUUGUUGUCGGAAACGGAGGCAUCGCCUUGGAAUUAGUGUAUGAGGUGAAGGGCUGUGAGGUGAUCUGGGCCGUGAAGGACAAAGCCAUCGGAAACACCUUCUUUGAUGCCGGGGCGGCGCAGUUCCUCGUCCCGUCGCUCGAGGCCGACAGAGCGGAGUCGGCCGCCCCGUGCAAGAGGACGUGCUACACCACGGAGGAGCCGGCGCCCGAGGCUGCGCAGACCUUCAGCGCAGAUGAAUAUUCCCGCGGGCAGAAUCCUGGUACCGUGGAGUCUGGCAGUGCUCUCGGCCCGGAUUGGCAUCGCGGCAUCGAGCUGCAAGGAGCUGAGCAGGUGACCCGCAGAGUUUCAGUGGAAUACCAGUGUGAAGUGGAUCAGAUCCUCACCUCAGAGGAGUUUCUCCUCUCCUCAACGCCAACUCUAAAACCUGACACUGCAGGAUCCUGGCCGGUUUACGUCCUGCUGACAAACGGCAAGACAUUUGGCUGCGAUUUUGUCGUCAGCGCCACCGGGGUCGUUCCGAACACAGAGCCGUUUCUCCACGGCAACAACUUUUCAUUGGCAACUGAUGGUGGCCUUCAAGUAGACGAUCACAUGAUGGCCUUAGAGCCCGACGUGUACGCUGCAGGAGACGUGUGCACUGCCGGCUGGGACCACAGCCCACUUUGGCAGCAGAUGCGCCUGUGGACGCAGGCUCGUCAGAUGGGCUGGUACGCAGGCCGCUGCAUGGCGGCCGACGUCCUCUCCGAGCCGAUCGAGCUGGACUUCUGCUUCGAACUCUUUUCACAUGUCACCAAGUUCUUUAACUACAAGGUCGUCCUGCUGGGGAAAUUUAAUGCCCAGGGCCUGGGGUCCAAUCAUGAGCUGCUUGUUCGUUGCACCAAAGGCCAGGAGUACAUCAAGGUGGUCCUCAGCGGGGGCAGGAUGGUGGGGGCAGUGCUGAUUGGAGAAACUGACUUGGAGGAGACUUUUGAAAACCUGAUCCUCAACCAGAUGGACCUGACGGCGUACGGGGAGGAGCUGCUCAACCCCAACAUCGAUAUCGAGGACUACUUUGAUUAAUCGCUGCUGACAUGUUUGGGACCCUGGAGCCUCCGAUGAAGCACAGAGGGCUCCUUCAUUGUCCGGAGAACAAUGAGAUUUGCUAUUCUCACUAUCCAAAUUUCAGAAUGUAUACUUAUUUUAUUAUCAAGAAGAUAAAAAUAUGUAUUUCUGACUAAUUGAGCCCUUUUGCUUUGGUUACGUCCCCCAUCUUCUCCAACUCAUUGAUCAUUUGUUGUUGAAUUAAUGCAAAGAUGAAGGCUAAUUCAAACAUAAAACCUAUAACCUUAUAACCAUUGGCCCUACAACCCGCUGUCAAAAUGGGACACUGGGUUAUUUCAGGAUUGUCACGUAAAUAAAUAAAAAAACACUGUGUGCUCAAAUGCCCAUAAUGUUCUCAAACCUGUCGGGGAAAGAAAAGUCUUGAAAAAACAACACUGGACAGUGUUGUGCACAUGAAUUCUCAUAAUGCCAUACUGUUGUUAUGGAAGGUUUACAUGUUAAAAGGUAACUUUGUAUCAGUGCAAAUUUAUUUUUGUGCUAUAAUUAUUUAAAGAAAUAAAUAAUUUAAAGAAAAUA